CCCUUGCUAUGUUGACAAUGGUCUGAGACUUUCGUGAGUGUAUAUAUACUUCUAAUGGUUACCUGUGGUUCCAUAAUUGUCUCAGAAUGAAGCCUUGGAUCUUUGUACUACUGUCAGGUGGCUUGUGCGCCGCCUCGCCGUCGGAAGCUGUUCUGCCCCAGCAUGGAAUCAAGUGCCCGCCGCCCUCCGAGGACUUGGACGGGCACUGCAUCCUGGUUGAUAUGGUCCACAUGGGUGUCUGGCAUGACAUGAGGGCAGCCUGUCAAGAGCAAGGCGGCGAUAUGGCAAAGGUGCACGACCCCAACUUCAUGACAACCCUCGUCGACCAUAUCCAGUGUCUAGGGUACAACGAGGAAUUCUACUGGCUGGGCGGGACGGACGAGGAGAAGGAGGGCCACUGGAAAUGGGUAGACGGCACCGACAUCCGCAUGGGCUUCCCCCUCUGGUUCCACUGUGAGGAAGUGGUGGAACCUAAUUCAGGGACCCGCGCCAACUGCCUCGUCUCGGCUAAAAACGCUUACUUCUAUUUGCGAGACCAGAACUGCAUCAACUACUACCAUCCCAUUUGCGAGUUCCCUCCUGAAGGAGCGGUUACCUCGACGACCACCCCUGCGACGGCCACCACGACAACUACUGAAACCUUGACAUCGACACUUUCCAGCCAUACAACAUACACUCCACCUUCAGUUGAAAAAUGAGUAAUCUACCAUUUUUAUCGGUUUCUAAAAGCCAAGUUAAAAAGUAAUUCUUACUACAUAUCAAGACAGUUUCCCCUUUCCUGAUCAUCUAAAUAUUUCUCUGUGUUUUUGCUGUGUUUUUGCCUAAAAAAUACAUCACAUUAAGCCAACGUUCUUUUCUGGUCAAUAUUACAUAUAAUUAUUCGUU